AUGUCACUUAUAAAAUAUGGCAGGGAGCGACUAGUGUUGAAGGUCGCUUCUCACGGGUCGAAGUUGAAGAACUUUCCCGAGAGACUAAUGCCUGAGCAGGUGAGGAGGAUAGUUGAGGACUUCCAUCUGAUGGACUUUGCUGGAUGCUCCCUGACAAUGCUGGACGCCUCGCUGUUAUCAGCUUUUGUUGAGAGGUGGCACCCAGAGACAUCAUCCUUCCAUCUUCCAUUUGGGAAGAUGACGGUGAUUUUGGAUGAUGUGGAUGCCCUAUUUCACCUUCUGAUUGUUGGUACGUUUUUUACACCAUUUCAUAUGGACCAGGCAACGACGGUGCGCAUGGAGCUUGUGGAUGCAGGGAGGUACCAGGCUGCCGCUAGGGCGUACAUGCUAAAUCUAGUGACGUGUACUCUCUUUGCGGACAAGUCUGGAGUUUAUAUGGAUGUCUGCUAUCUCUCUCUAUUCAGCGCCCUUGACACCCCAUGUUGGGCUUGGGGAGUGGCAGCGUUGACGAUGUUGUACUCGGCGCUUGAUGCUGCAUCUCGUAUUGACACCAGACAGCUUGCUGGUUACCCGAGCUUGUUACAGUGUUGGAUCUACGAGCACUUCCCUCACAUCUGUGAGCGGAAGAUCCAACAUGUUGCGGCUGCUGAUCCAUGCGCGAAGAGGUGGUAG